AUGGACGGGAAGGAUAUUGCCAUUCGAUCCUUGGGCUCACUAUCGAGUCUAUUGGACUCACAAGUAACCGAGAUGGGUGCACAGAUUGAAUCAAUCACCAAAAGUACAAAAAAUUUGGUGCCACCGUCUGAGUAUGAUGUCCUAAUCAAAGAACAAGCAAUAACUACUCCUUCAGAUUUUGACCAGAGCCAAUUGAUAGCAGAGCUAUACAAGGCAAGAUUAGAACUUCUAAUGGAUAUUCAGAAGCAAGAGUUUUUUGCUGAGAAAAUCCAGGCCAUGAUCAACGAAAGCGAGGAGCUUGUGCGGAGCAUUAUUGAAUAUUACGAUACAGCAGAACAAAGUCGAAAAAUGGAAUUAAAAGGAAGCAAACAGAGGUUUGAAAAGUUUAAGAAUGAUGUUUUGGGUGAAAAAACGAACCUUUUGAGUCUCAACUCUACUCACCACGAAGAAAGCUACCAAAAAGCUGCAAGAGGCGCCCAUGAAGCAUUGGUGUCCAUACGUGACGGCUACGACGAGCUAUUAUCACAGAAAUACAAGGAAGACUUGGGCGUGCUUAUCAACAGGUUGAAUAAAUCAUUCCAGUCCAAAAUUAAUUGA